UUCCUUUCUAAUGUUGCUACGGAGUAUCUACAUCGCUGCAAUAUCUUACGUUGUAGUUGUGAACGCAGCAACCUAUCCAGAUGCCUAUAUCACUGGCCCGCAAACAAUUCAAAAUUCAACCUACAUACCUACUGGAUUUUAUAGCUUUAGAAACCAUGUUACCGGUCAGUGGCUCGAGUUUAUUGCAGACGGCAAUCAGAUCCAACCUUCCAAUGGACAAAACUCUACUGCGUUCAAUGGCACUUUGUGGACUGUGAAGUAUCAUGCUGCAACGAAUUACAGUAUACACCAUUUAAAUGGCGACGACUCUUCAUCUGGAAAUGACAAAUGCAUAUCGACUCGCUGGGAUGAUCAAAUAGGAAUCGACGACGCCGCGGUGAUGUGGCAGUGUGAAAUCGACAAUAUGACGGCAACUCCUUUAGAUUUCAAUCUCAACCCGUCGUUCAGCGGUGUCUACGACCCCACUCUCGGACUACAGCCCCUUCAACGUCGUGGUGAUGCAUUCAGUCGCCGGUUUGUAAACACGUACACGCCCAUCCGUCCAGAUAAACAACAAUGGAUGUUCAUGCCACAAACCGUCAGUGCCACUCCGCCAUCCUGGAAAAAUGUCACCUUCGACCCAAGCACUGGGAAUAAUACCCUGCACGGGCCUGCCAUUAAACCGAACCUCACGGCAAACCAGAACUAUGGACAAAAUACAUUUUACAUUGUGUCCGCCGCCCAUCUUUGGAAUAUGUAUCCUCGUUGCUUGUAUCCACUUCCUAUGAAUACCUUCAACUUCACCUCCAACAACACCGUCGUGACUGCCUUGGAAGAUUGUCAGUUUGGAAACGAGACCAUGCUGUGGGACUUAAUUUUAUGGGAGGCUGAAAACUUUCCACAAGGUGAAGCAACCCCGCCUGAAGCGAAACCUCACAGCAGCGAUAGUACCUUGAUUGUUGUCUCUUCUGCGUCAACGCUUGGUCUGAUUAUGCUCAUGCAUACCUUAUACCACUGGAUUCUACUUUAGACACUCCCCUCCAGAAGUUUUGUACACCACUAUUGUAUACACCGUUAUGCUGUACUUGUUAAGACCAACAACUUGUUAUAGCAACUAGAAUCAUACCUUACAUGGAAAAAGAAUUCAAGAUGUUUUAUAUAAAUAUAUUCCAUAUUGGAUAUAA